AUUCUGAUCUACCUCCACUUAUUCUGAAUCCAUUAAGGGUAUCUCGAGGCAUUAUCUUUACCGGUGGACCUAAUAGAAUAGUUUUAACCGAUACAUUUGUAACAGAUCUUAUUUCUGCAAUUAGAGUAUCAUCAGAAUUGACUGAUUCAGAACGGAGUAAUUUAUUAAAUAGUCUUAUUCGAGCUACUCAUCAUUUAUGGCAAGGGCUUUAG